AUGGAAGAGCCGCUACUUAGGCAACGGAAUGCGUUAAACGUAUGCCCGGUGCCGACCUUACUAUUUUGGCUGGGUGCGUCGGCUAAGGUAUGGACAGAGCUACAUUCAUUUGGCUCCCCUGCAGAGGACGUUGGCGGAGUAGCUUUCUCGGACGAAACGUACUGGGAUAUGUAUGAUACGGAGGAAGAAGAGGAAGUGAAGCGAGCAACCCAUACGAGCUUGCAUCGAGGAAUACCCACAAAGCUCACAGAUCCAUCCCAUUUUCUUCGUCUAUACGAACCUCGCCACACGCUGGCGUUACUGUCCCUUUUACCUGAAAUAGAAUUAUGGUUAAGAGCGAAUCGAAGCAUUGGCAUGCAUCCAUUUGCCUACCAGCACGUCAUUUCGAAGAUAGAAGCCUUCACGAAUGUGUCAAUUACAUCCCUUGUAAAACCCAUGGAUGCUAAUUUCAGUGCCGAAGGGUUGAGUUCAUUUCAUAACAAAACAGAGGAAGCAGGUUGUGAAAGCGUGGAGAUGUGCUUCUGGAAGAAGAUCGCGCCACUCUAUGCACAACACGCCCGCAAUGUUCUCUCACGGAUGCCCUGGCUAAUUGUGAAUAAUUCUGUCUUCCAGGAGGCGCUUUCGGCGUAUGAGACUCGGGUCUAUCGUGGAACCAUCAUCCGGUCUUUUACGUUCGUCACGUCCUCGGAGGCCCGCGUCGAGCGUCUCCUGCGGCUUGUGCAGUGCCUGUGGGAUCGUGUAGAUCGGAGGCUUUCGUGGCGACCACCGCCGCCACUUCUUCCCUGGAUCGAUUUGGACAAGGUUAUCGGACCGCCUCGUAGGAUACCCAAACCGACAGCUGACGUAGCGGGAUCUCCGACCAUAGCCACGCGAAAGGCGCUGGAGGCGAUACCAAUCCGCGCGCGCUAUCGGCAUCAUCCGUGGAAACAGGUCUUGCCCACCGCGGUGGUCUAUCGGUAUUCGGAGAAGUGUAAAUCGUGUGAUGUGUACGGGAAAGCAUUCGAUCUACUCCCGGCAAUCUACCGACGGAUUUGUGAGCAUGGGCACUACAGUAUUGUGAGCUGCAGCCCUCUGAUACUUUUCAUAAGGAUGCGGGAGACUCGUAUGUUUAGGCGUCUGCCAAGUUUAUCGGUGUACGCGCGUUCGUCACACUUAAGAGAUAGAGCUGAGGAGCCUUCAUUUAGUCAGUGGGAUUGGACACUUAAAAGCGGCGGAAGAGGAGGAAGUAAUGAGGACGACAACAACAAGGGCAGCGGUGAUACUGAAGAUGCAUUAAACGAGAUCGAUAUCGACGAACUUCGUGAAUUUCUUCGUCGGCCUGAUGACUUUAGGGAGGUACCCGUGCCCCAUCUUUACAUAGAAAAUCCAAAGAUAAAUAACGUGAUCUUAUCCGUUCUAAUGACGCUCGUUAAGCAAGGGAGUAUCCAACUUCGUCUGCUUUCACGACAGGAAUUAUUAGAAAUUAGGAAAUCCAAUCGAGAGUUCAUGGAGGAAGCAAAUAGGCUCAAUCAAAGUCGCAAAGAAGCAUCCCCUGAAGGGGACAUGCCUAAUGCAUCUUCUGAUACCAAUAUGGGGCCUCCAAAAAAGUUUCAAAAUGUGUCCACUAUUGACAAAAGUUUAAAAAAUCUCAUUGAGUAUCAUAUGGAAAGGAUAUUCGACAACAGCACGCAACAAGGCGCCAAAUGGAGUGUGGAACCUGAGAAAGACGCAACUUCGUCUCAUUCUCAACCCUCUUCUUGGUAUGGGUUGGCAUGGUCACGCAUGACGGGGCUUUUGGAUGGAAUCAUUUCUUCAUUUUACUUAAUACUGCUUAUCCUGCUUGUCAUAGAACAAUAUCGAUGGAACCGGCACCGGACGAAAGAAAUUUGGUAA